CUUCUCAAAGACCGACGCAGACGAGGCCUAAGCGGGCAAGGGAGUCCGAGAGCGAUGGACAGGCUGGCAGAGAACAUCGCUUCGAUCCGAGAGGCGCGGCUUGCCAUCCUCGACGGCGGCUUUGCGACGCACCUCGAGGAUGCAUACGGCCAGGACCUGUCGGGCAGGCUCUGGUCUGCAUCGCUGCUCCUCGACAACAAAGAGCGGUGCGACGGCCCCUCGUCCACUUCUUCCUCGGGUGCGACAACAAAGAGAGCCAGUGGGAAGGAGCUGAUCAAGGCUACGCACCGCGAUUUCAUCAAGGCGGGCGCCGACAUCAUCCUGACUUCUACCUACCAGGCAUCGAGGCUGGCCUUUGAGCUGGCGGGCUACUCGGACAAGCUGGCAGAUGAGCUUCUCGUCCAGUCGGUCGGGCUGGCCGCGCAGGUUCGCAGCGAGGAUGAGCGUGGACAGGGGCGAAAGAGGACGCUCGUGGGGCUCAGCCUUGGGCCGUUUGGUGCGGCGCUGGCCAAUGGAUCUGAGUAUACGGGCGACUACUUUCUUCCCACGAAACAAUCUCCAAAGAGUGGCCCUACGCCGUCGUUGCUCGACCUCGAGCAGUUCCACCUGCAGAGACUGCAGACAAUCUUUGGUUCAGCCCAGGCAGAAGCCGUCGAUGUCGUGGCAUUCGAGACGAUUCCGCGCCUCGACGAGGCCAUUGCAGCUCGCAGGGCGACGUCAAAGAUUCGAGCAAAGAUGGGCGAGGGCGUCAUAGUCUACGCUUCCUUUGUCUUUCCAGAUGGGACCAGGCUGCCCUAUCCCCCGCUAGCUCAGACGGACGCGAGACAGCAGGAUCAUUUCGCAGACCUUCUCGCGGCCACCUUGGGCAAGCAACCAGACGAGUCCGAAGCAGGCGCGCCGCUGGACGGCAUCGGCAUCAACUGCACAAAACCAUACUACAUCCGACCGCUCGUGCAAAGCUUGACAGACGCUGUCACGAAGCUGCAAGAGCAAGGUGUGAUCCGGAAGCAACCGUACCUGUUUCUCUAUCCGGAUGGGGGUCUUGUCUGGGAUGGGCAAGCGAGAAAAUGGAGGCCAGCUGCGAACGGGCCGUCGAACAACGAUGUCGAUCGUGGAGGAUGGGCAUCGCAAUUGGUAAACGUGGCCAACGACGUUCUUCGAAUGUCAACUCCCGAGGAUCAAGAAGCUACAGGGAGAGGUUUGGGCUGGAAGGCAGUCAUUCUUGGGGGCUGUUGCAAGGCCUCGGUGUCCGACAUCGCUUCACUCCGGAAUUUGACAGAUUAAAGCCACUGGAGAGAUCAGGAAGACUGCUCUCCAUCACUCCACGCUCCUCGGCCUCGUUUGAGUUUGAAAGGCUUGGCGGGAAGAGCCUUGUUCGGCCAUUCAUCACACUGCAUGCAUGACCCAGGGCCACAAGUGUUCAGGUACGGUCUGACGGGAGAUCGGCUUGAGGGAACGUGCGCACGUUGCAGCAAG